UGUUCCCGCUUAAAUUAUUAUAUUCCAUCUCCCCCACCCCACUUUCCUCAGGAGAGUGACGCGCGCCCGCCCGCUUCCCAAUUUGCCGCGCGGAGCGGCUACGUGCCUUUGAGCUUGUGGCGAAUGUCUUUUUUUUCUCUCUCUCACUUACGGGUUCUUGUGGGAGGUCCCGCCCCGCCCCAUCCUUCCUCGAGGGAGGGGAAGGGAGAAAGGCGAGGGAAAAAGGGGGCGCGUCUCCUGGUCUGAGGGACUUUUUUUUUUUGCCUCCCCGACAGAUAAAGCGACCUGCUUUGAAACGGAGCGGCGCUGCUUCCCACGGAGCUCCGAAGUGGGGCGGGAGGGGGGAAAAAAAAAAAAAAAGCGAAGCUGGCUUCUCCCGAGGCGGGAGCUUUGGCUUAGCGUCGGCGCCAUGCUAUGGAGAACCGCGGCUCGGCAGUCCUGAGUUUGGGGCAACUUUUUGCUCCCUUCGGGGAGCACCAGCCCAACGAAGAAGCUGCAUUAGCCCCAGCAUGGCGAGAAGACGCCGAGGAAGAGGAGGAGGGGACGGCAGCGGAGGAGAGCCAGCAGCAACCGCGGGACUGCACCGUGGCAGCCGCCCGGGAGAAGGACGAGGAGGCGCUGCUGGAGAGGCGCCGUCGCCGCGGCCGCUCCUUCUCGCUGCCGGACAGCCCUUCUUUGGCAGCGGCGCGGUUCUUCCAGAGAAGGCGAUUGCCGGACGACAGCGACGGGAGCGAGGAUGACGAGGACGACGGGGCGGCUUCGCCGACGGGGGGCCUCGGCGGCUGCUGCACCAAGUGCAAGAAGCGGGUGCAGUUCGCCGAUUCCCUGGGCUUGUGCUUGGCCAGCGUGAAGCACUACAGCGCGGCCGAGGAGCCGCAGGUUCCCCACGCCGUGCUCUCCCGCUUGCAGAGCUUCCCCAUGAGGCAGAGGGACUUCGAGGACUUCACCGCCGCCUUGGCCGAGUUGGGGGGUUGCGCGUCGUCGUCGUCGCUUUUUCCUCGGCCUCCGCCUCAGGUCCCGCUCCAGCUCGCGCCCCCGUUGGAUGGGGCGGACAAGCAAAACGGCGCCGAGCGGCUGCAGCGGGACCGCGUCUGCUUGGAGGAGGUGGCGGGUACGGCGCUGUCCGGGGCGCCCACGGACGUGCGCGGCGUGGUGAGGGUGCUGAGUUGCCCCGGCUCCAAGGAGGUGACGGUGCGCUACACUUUCAACGAGUGGCUUUCUUUCCUGGACGUCCCGGCUCUGCAGCUCCCCGAUGGGGACCCUUCGGAUGCCUCCGCUCCGGUCGAGCGUUACCAGUUCUCGCUCUGUCUUCCUCCUGGUUUGCCAGACGGGACGGCCGUGCAUUUCGCUAUCUGCUAUCGAAGCCAGCAAGGGGAGCAUUGGGACAACAACGGCGGGGCCAAUUACACCCUCCGAGAUUGCAGCUCCGAAAAGUCAGCAACUCCCCUGUGAUGAGACUCGGGAGGCGGGUUGCCAACCGGCUCUUGCGAGAGCCUGAAAUUGCUCGAGAAACCAGCCUAAUUUGCCUUGCGUUAUUACAAUCUUCCUGAGUCCUGCAACACAGCAUCCUAAGGGCUGAACCUAUCCACGACUUGCCUUUGUGCCCCUUUCUUCCUUCUAGCGGUCCAAGCUUGCGAGAUAGCCAGCCAUACCUUCGCGCUUCAGUCGUCGUGCCACCAGCCUGGUAAGCCUUGCGGGCUUCGAAUUGGAUUGAAGAGGCAGCCGAAUGGGAGAAUCGUGGUCCGGCUUAGGAGAGAGAAGCCUGCAUUUGCGUUGUUACCAGAAUCCUGAAUAUUUCUGGCACUUUUGACCAGGAAAAUGAGAAUGCUUUAAGACCCAUUGGAUAGCAGUUCUAGUGAAGUCUCUUUUCCGGUAUGGGUAUCUGAGUUGGGGCUAUGUCCAUUUUUGGGUAUGAAAAAGAGAAUGAACUACAGUAGGAUUGGAACUUUGUCCCCUUUAAAGCCAUCUUUAUUGAUUUGAGCUGCUUUUUCCUGUUUUAGGCAGUGACUUCUACAAAGCCUGGAAGAAUGCUGCCCGAAUUCAGAACACUUCUCUGGGAAUUGGAUAACUAGAGCAAAAAAUGUUUGAAUAGUGUUUUCCCUUGCCUAUUGUGCCUUAGAACAAAGCUUCUUUAUAAUUGCAGCUAUGAAAUUAUGUUACUUUUGCAAUGUAUCAGUCUAUAAGGGAUGACUACUCUCAUUUUGCUGUAAGUGAUAGGUAUGUUGGAAACUAUUUACUUAAAAGAUUACUUACACUUCUUAGCAGGAAUUGUUCAGGUCUUGAAGAAAUGGUGCAUGGUUUGCAUUGAAAAUGUUAAUGUCUGUUCCAUUACCCAAGGAAUCACAAUGUCUUAAGAACAAUUCCUAUGCUAUUUGGAGGAUCCGUAUAAGCUGUGAACUAAGUAUGUAUGUGAGAACUCAAAUCUGAAUGACUAUUAGUAGGUUGACUCUUGCCUAGAGGAUGACCAAAGGAAAAGGAGGUACAACAGUAGAAGUUUUCUGUCUAAAUGCAACUUGCAUCCCCCCUCUCCCCAUUGAAAUGUAAUAAUUUUAUAAAAGAGGACAAGUAAACAAGUUACCCACUGGGGCCUUUGGCUGUUCUAUUGGCUAUGAGUAGUGAAAAACACAAAUACAACUAAAAUAAUUUUCUGCUUCAUAACUACUUCAUUCUUUAAAAUGCAGAUUCUGUAUCUCCAAAUCAUCUAAUGUUGAAGUUUGAAAACUUACCUGACAGUAAUAAAUGGAGUGCACAACACUGAAUUGUAAUUUUGAAGGAACAGUUCAGUAAACUGUUGAUUAGUUGAAUAGUUUCUUCCAGUUCUCCUCACUAAGUGAUCUAAAAUUAACCUGUUUAGCAAUCAGGUUGAAUUAAGAUCUCAAUGUAAUUCUCUUCAUAUGUAACCGUGCAGAGUUAGGUGAUGGGUGGCUAUAUAAAUGUUUAAAAUAAAAUAAUAAAUACAUUAAAAUAUUUGCCUUUCAAGGACAAAACUGCAGGUGUAUGUUACAAUUUUUUGCAUUCCAGAUGUCUCGGAUUUUAAUUAGCAGAAUCCUUCCACACUGUUGCCUGCAGCGUAAGAAUCCAGAAUGUUGAAAAAAUCUAAUGCAUAUGAAGAGUCUUAGUUAGAAAGACCAGGGUGUGCUUCCAAAAAUACUUUUCUAAACUUGGGGUCUUUUUAAAUAAGCCAUUCUCAGCAUCUUUUAGGGGAAAAAAAACUUUUCUAAAGUUUCUGGAACUUUUAAAAGAUACUGAUACAGAGGCCUUGGUAGUUUGAAGUAACUGAUUUUUCUCUUAUGAGCAUCUGGAAGAGAAAUACUAUAUAAUUAAAACCCACAGUUAUUUAAUAGUGAGGAUGAAGGGAGAUUAUAAGAGAAGAUAAAAUAUUAUCUAACAAACUCAGCUUAUUCAUGUUUUCCAGUUGUAAUGUGAUUGUAUCUUUUAUUAGGAAGACCUGAUAGUUUUUUAAGGAGAAGGGGGUACUUAAAAUUUUGUAAGAAAAUGUUUGCCAGGUAUUUACAGGUGUAAACACUAGGUGCCUUGGCCCGGUAUGGCUUUCAAAUAGGUGUAUUGCAUGUUUGCAAAUUGGUGAGGUCCUCUUCAUAUGCUGUUGCAUUCCUAUAAAGGAGAUAGGACAAGCAUUUAUUUUUGUUGUGCAGAGCAGUCCUAACUUUUCUGGCUGCUUGCUGAUUAACAUAUAUUUAGAAUGUAAUCAUUAUGAACAAUAUACUUCCUUUUUUAACGAGUAUUGUUUUAAAAUUUCAUGGUGAUCCCAGUUGUUUGUUUAAAGCAUAGUCUGACACAAAUAUAUAUUAAUCAUGCACUCAGCAGAUGAAUCAGGACGAAGAUUAGAUUAUAAUUGAAAUUUAAAUGCUACACAGCCAGUAUGGAAAGAGGCACACUGAUUUGUAGUAUUUUAGUUUUUCUUUAAAAAAAAGAUUCUUGUUGCUGAAAUAAUAGAUUUAUUUGUUCAGUAUUCAGGAAAAAAAAUCAUUUAAAAAAGAUGUUGUUUUAUAAAUGCACAAACUCCUGUAGAGUUUAUUUCUUCUUAGUAUUAUUUCCAAAAUGUUAGUGGUGCAACUGAAAAAGUUGAAAAACUGAAAAAAAUAUUCCUUUUGGAAUAGAAAAUACUUGAUAUAGGGCCACAGUCAGUAGUGAGUCAUAAUUCAUUUCCAACAUAAACUUUGCUGCCACUACUGCCUUAAGUGGUAAGAUUGUAUUAUUUCAAGAAAAGAAGGCAGCUUAUAACUUCUCUAAAAUAAUUAUACAUAUGAGGGGAUAGAUAGGUUAUGUGAUAGGAUAAAAUCUCUUAAGGUUUUAAAUAAGCUUAAACUAUGUGGUAUCUAAACAUUCACAGCAGGAAUCAGAAAAAAAACACAAAACAUUAUGUGCCUUUUUAGUAAAAGCCAGUAAAAACUGGCUUUACCAAAAUAUAGAAAAUAUGUCUCCUGGGCAUAGUCUUGAUGAAAAAAUAGUCAGAGGAUGCUAACAAAUCUUCUUGAGAUCUUUGGUUUGUGCAAUAUGUUAAAUCUAUGAAUAGUGUAUAAAUGUUCCUGUUCUAUGAGAGCAAUAUCAAACAUCAUCUAAUGCCUUCAUGGAAGCAAAUGAAAGAAAGGGUUACCAUUGAAUUGGGUAAGAAUUUCUUUAAAUAUGCACUGGGGAUAUACUAAGAAAAUACUGUCAAACUUCUUAGAAAAUAAAAUGCUUUUCAAAAUGAAUAAAUUAUAUUCCUGCUUUGCUA